AUGGAUAAACUCACAUUGGAGUUAAGGGACAAGGAAGACUCAGAAUAUUAUACAAUUCUGAGUGUGGUGUUUCUAGGAGUUUUCCUAACCCCAGUUUUGUCCAACAAUAACAUCAUUGUAAACAACCAGGGAAAUGUUGGAGGGGCUUCACAUCAAACUGUGAACAUUGAUCACAAAAGGAAGAUUGUGAACAUAGACCACAACAAUGGCUGGAAUUCCUGGAGCUCCGUCUUGGAUUAUGGCACUGGUUUCAUGGCAACCCGGAUAUUGUCCAAGAAAACCUGCAUCAUCGUCAGAAUGAAUAAGCAGAUCAUGCCAGACAUAUCUACUCUUCCCAAAGCCAUCCGGGAAAAACAGAAAGAUCCUAGGAAUGGACCUGCCCCAAAGGAGGUCUCCUUCACCGUUUCCCAUGAGAGAAUUCCAGACUUGUCCGUCUAUGGGAAGCAGGUGCAAACAUUUUGCCGAGGGAUCCCCAGCUACCUCGCGUCUGAAAUUAGAAAGCCAAGUUUUUUCUUCGCGGAAGAAGCAUCCUGCACCCGACUGAACAUCCUGUGCAUCCUCCACUUCUCUUAUUGCCACGAAGCCAUGUAUGAUUAA